UGGUUCAUGUAAGCAGCCUCCACUCGCUCUCCAAACAUGCAUCCUUAUGAAGCGCUGCGGUGUGAGGUGGGAUGUCAGGGCUGAGAUCUCACAGCUCUCCAGUAUACUCUGAAGGACCCAGGACAGGCUGAACACUUUCUAAGGAGCCACAAAAGUUUGCACCCUGGAAACAGUUGAUUUGCUUCUCAAGAAAUGGAAUCAAAAACUGACGAUGGAUCAGUGGCCACGGGAGAACUGUCUGCUAUUGAAGAUGAAGAAGUUCUCAACAAGAUGCUGGAUAAUGCAAAAGAUUUUGAAGAGAGAAAGAUCUUACGUGCUGCAUUAAGGGACCUGCUCAAGAAAAAGAGAGAUAAGCGAGAGCAGGAUCGAGGGUCGAGGCAGCAGGACUUGAGGCAGCAGGGGCUGAGUAAAGGAGGGGCCACCGGGGGGGCUGUUAGCAUCGGCAGAGUAUCCAUGAACCAGCAGCCUCCAACAAACAAGACGUCAGGCCAGGCCUCUCCAUCAGCAGGCAGCAAGGCCAGUCCCGCUUUAGCCUCAGCCCAGAAAUGUCCUUCUCCUGCUGCAGCACCCAACAUUAAAAAUGUCAAACAGAUGCUUCUGGACUGGUGCAGGGCCAAAACAGAGCCAUAUGAGGGAGUGAACAUCCGAAACUUCUCCUCAAGUUGGAAGGACGGCAUAGCCUUCUGCGCCUUGGUGCACCGCUUCUUCCCCGAUGCGUUCGAGUACUACACCCUAAAUCCCACCAAGCCCAAGGAAAACUUCGAGUUGGCCUUCAGCACCGCAGAGAGGCUGGCUGGCUGCCCCCCCCUGCUGGACCCUGAUGACUUAAUCCGGAUGAAAGAGCCUGACUGGAAGUGUGUGUACACGUACAUUCAGGAGUUUUACCGCUGCCUGGUGGAGAAAGGCCUGGUCAAAACCAAAAAGUGACUGUAGACUCAGAAAGGCUUUGAUAAUCAGCUGUGAUUUUAUAAUUCACACAAUCAACACGCACAAGCUGAGAUCAAAAAGAUAAUACCAAGCACCUUUUUACAUUUUGUCUGAGUUGAUAUUACGUAUUUAAUGUGUCUGGCUUAUGUAAAUGCACAGUGCCUUAUGUGAAGCCUUUGUGGUUGUAUUUGAAAGGACUCUUGCUCUCAGUGGACAGCUGGCACCUGGGAUAAAUGCAUUCCUCUGAAAUUACACAUCUGCAUUAAUCCCAGUCACAGCUAUGGAGACUCUGGGAACACAUUGUAUCAUGAUGCUGUUGAGGGCCUGAGGGUGUGAGUAUUAAAAAAACGCAUUUAAUAAAAAUCCAUCCAUUA